AAGCAACAAAUUUUCCUAUUGGUUCUAAGCACAAGUUACACACCUGCUUGAAAUCUUCAUUCACUUUUGUCCUUUCACAUUUGGUUUAAAUAAAACAAGCAAAUUAACUGAACCUCACAUGGUAUGUUGCAAAUUGCAAGAUCAAACUUCAAUUCCCACCACCCCUUUCUCCCUAUAAAAAGUCCCUUUGAAGGAAAAAAAAAAAAAAAAGACAAUUCAAUUGUAAGGACAUCCAAGAAAGUAGCUAACUACUCUAGUCAUCAAGAUUUCUUCCCACCUUUUCUUUUCUUUCCAGCAAAAAUCAAAACAAAAUGGAGUACUCCACAGUUCAUCCCUCUACCUGGAACUCCUACUUCACAUCUCCCCUGCUUUUUCCCUAUCAUUUCAUCCCCGAAAACUAUGUCCACUGGACUGAAACCCCUGAAUCUCACAUUUACUCUGCUGAUCUUCCAGGGGUUAAGAAAGAGGAGAUCAGAGUGGAAGUUGAGGAUUCCAAGUACUUGAUAAUCAGAACUGAAGCAAUUGGUGGUGCAAAUGAAGAAUCAUCAACAGAACCACCAGCCAGGAGUUUCAUGAGAAAAUUCAGGCUGCCAGAUAGAGUUGAUAUUAAUGGGAUUUCUGCAGGUUAUGAGGAUGGAGUUUUGACUGUGAAAGUGCCAAGAUCUUUGGUUAGGAGAGGAUUCUUCAUUCAAGCUGGUGAUAUCCCAGAAAGGAUGCCUAUUCUUGCCAGGGCUGCUUAAAAAAAAAAAAUAAAAUUUGCUGCUCAAAAUUGUUCCUCCAUAUCUUUCUAGAAAUAUGGUUUGAUUAUGAUUCAUGAUGAUGACGGUUGUGGUGCUUAGUUUGUUCAUGUUAAAAAAUCCCGUUUUCUAUCUUGAAGAAAUGAAGCCUUGAAUUAGGUUCAAUCUCUAUGAUUAGAUUGAUGAUUUAUUCGGCUGUUUUUAUCAGUCCAUUCCUUUUUUUUUUUUUUGAGGGUAAUCAGUCCAUUCUUAAAUGGUUGUUGGUUCAAGGAAUCUGUAUAUACAGAAAAAGCAUCUUAUCCUCCACUGGUUGCACAAUUUUUUUUAAACGCAAGUUGCUGAAGAUUUUUUUGAUUUUGCACUUGCAGCAAUAAAUUAUUGAAGGAAAUAGAGACUGGGUUUAUUAUUUUUUAAUCUAAUUUGGGGCCUAGGAAUCCAUGAUCUGAAUCUCCAGUAUUGUUUAAUCUGAUUUGUCCAAAGAUAUUUUGGCGGCCGGCGGGCGGAGCAGCCUUAUGAUGCUGACCAGUGAGCACUGACCGCCCCUAUAAUUUGUGUCACUUUUUAUUUAGUUUUUAAAUUCUUUUUAUUGGACCGCCGAUAGGGCUGACAGUUAUUCGGCCCAACCCGAGAAC